GACGCAUUGGACUCUAUAUAUACCCCGGGCUGUGCUAUGAACUCUACCGCAUCUUAAGGCCGCCCACCGCGUCCACGGAUCACCGACCAAGCAACCAACCAAGCAUUCGCAUGCGGAAAUACCAAAUACCCUCCAUCUUCUAGAAGAGGCACACCUCGGACUUUACCCCGCGAGUACCCCAUCUGACCCGAGGGAAACCUCCCCCGCUGACUUCAUGCUCCCUCUUCUGCUCCGGUCGGGCCGGAUUGACAUCAACCCGCAGCAGCAUGACAUCAGGGCACAGCCAAUGCUUUGUCUGCUUACCCCCCUCAUUUCACUCGAUCACCGUUACAUUGGAGAUAAAAAAAAUCAGAGAAGAGUAUCCGCUCUUAUAAUAUAUAAUCAUAAUCAUAGACAUAUAGUACAUCAGAUGCAGCAUAUUCACAAUCAUGUCCAAAAAGAAAAACGUAUAUACAGUCCGCAAAUUGGGUAUUCGCAGAGUCACAGCAACACCAUGCAAGAGAUGUCGCCACAGGCCCCGGGCCUGCAACGCCAAUAUGUAUCGAAAUAAAGGAAAAAGAGAAAAUGCAACAACGCUAAGUCUAGGUC